GAGCGAUUGAUUUGCUAUCAGUUUUGUGGUCACAAUUAAAACGCCCCAAAAAUUUAAUGCAUUUCCAAAACAAAUAUUUAAUUGACAUUUCAUUUGACUUCAAAUGAAUGCAUAAUUGGUUUUGCAAUCAUAAGUGAUUGCAUACUGUGUUUGAGGUUUGAUUGACUGGAACUGAUUGAAAGUGACCGACGAGUGGCCCGAAUAUGAUGUCCGGUAAUCGACACAAACGAUUGUCACAAUUGUCUUCGGAUACAAACACCAACACGACUUCGAGCGCCGGUUUGAUGGCCACUAUUGACAGCAAUUAUGCCGAACCUCUGUAUCACAGCCGACAAGAUAUGAAAGACAAGGAUCUGAUUGAGACAAAGGCUCGUGUGUUGCAGAUGGAGAAGACAAUGAAGUUCUGGAGCGACUGUUUGGCCAAUUGGAGAGAAAAGUGGCGGAAAGUGAGGGACGAGCGGAAUAAAUGUCGCGAUGAGUCGCGUGUGUUGUCUAACAAAUUGGAUUCAAUGAGCAAAGAGUUGUCGGAAGCGUUGCGACAAAAGAGCGAAUUGGAGGCUAAAGUGGAUACUCUGGAGCAUCAGAUCAAAGCAUUUGAUAUUUUCUACAAUCAUAAGCAGACCAACGAUUUAGAC